AUGGACCGACUUGGAAGUAAGUUAUUGGAGAAGUUAAAAUUGACUGACUCAGGGAGUGUGAAAUUCGCCAGUUCUAAAAAGAAAAACGAGUUGUUCAACAACACCAACAAUAACAGCAAUGGGAACACCAGUAGUGGACUACCACCAACCCUGAACACUGCAACCUCCUCACCAUCAACAAAAGGCCAGUUCUCUCUCACCUCUCCAACCUCAACGGAGGCAUGCGGACCAGCCAGUGGCAGAGGUGGGAAUGGACUGGGAGAGAGAGUCUCCACUACCCAGCACCUCACCCCCUCUACAAACUCCAUUGCCCCCCAACCUGCUGACUGCGAACAUCAACCCUACUCCCUCUCGACUCUUGCCACCCUCCGGCGGCGGUCGCCCCAGCAGCGUGCCUCCUGCUACCUGGGGGAGGGCGUUGACAUCCAGAUGAGGCGUGAGUCAGGCCUGGGGGACUGUGACCCUGCUGGGUCCAAGGUCUCUCUGAACCAGCGCCGCUACUCUCUGGAGCUCCAGCAGCUGGUCCGACGCCAGCAGCUCCUCUCCCAGCCUCCUCUGUCCCACUCCUCUGGCCCCCCUCCGGCGUACCCCACCUCCUCCACCUCCUCGGGCUACGGCUCCGCUCCCCGUGGCGGCACAAUGGCCGAGCUGCACUACCUCCCCGAGCCGGAGCGCCACAAACGCCUCUCCCUCCAGGAGGCGCUGUUCUACAAGCGGCUGAGUACCGGAGGGGAACUCUGGGAGAGCACCAGGCCGGCCUCGCUCUCUCACCCCCCACACCGGCCCUCUGAGAUGGGUGGAGGUUUCUUCUUCCCCCCAGGCCCGGCACUGAGCCCCUGCUCGUCCUUCAGUCUCCAGGAGUCGGUGCUGGUCAGUCCCAGGUCCAGCUUUGCCUCCAGUACGGCCAGCGGUGGAGGAGGGGGAAGCCCCAUCAGCAGCCACUGUAGCAGCAACCGCACCAGCGGAAUCAGCCUGGGCUACGACACCCGCUACUCCGCCUCCUCCGCCAUGGCACCGCAGCUGCAGUUCUCCUCCCUGCACACAGGGGGCUCCACCAGCGGACAGGGAUACACAGUCUCAGGCAGGGCCGGGGCACCCUCUGGGUCUGGAGGCUGGAAGGACUACCUGGACGGGGUGUCCUCACCUGGAGGAACAGGGGUUCAGGACAGCCGGCAUUCGUACCCGCCUGCGGUGGGUAGCCCAGCAGCGGCCUGUUACCGGGCUGGGCCCGAGUGGUGGGAUGAGAGGGGAGCAGGAGCAGCCCGAGCGGAGGAGACUGGAGUGGGCGCUGGCGGGGAACGGGCGCGCUACUCGGACCUCCCGGGGACCCGCUACCAAGAGGAACUGACGCGGCUGUUGCUAAGAGAUGCAGCACUGGAGGGGGAGGGGCUACACCUGGGCGGGCUGAUGCUCAAAGAACAUGCCAAUCCUCCAAUCAAGGCCCUCAGCAAGCCGGCGAUGCUCAUCAGCACAGCUACGGCUGCCGGACCAAUCAAAGCCCAGGAGGAGCCAGGAACGGGGAGGGAGGUGUCGUCUGAGAAUCGCCAGGAGUUCUUUGGUGAGAUCAUCAAACACUUCAUCAUCUUCAUCACUUUGUUUUGUUACUGUUGCACGCAUGUCCAAUGUUUAGAUAGAUGAAUGGAUAGACGGAUUUGAUAGAUGAAAGAGAGAAAGAUGAAUGAAUGGUGCCUCGACACCUGCAGGGACUUGCAUGACCUACCUACCGACAUACCUACCACACAAGCAAAGGAAAAGAAAAACAUUUGGCCGUCAGUGGGCUAGCUAAGGCCUAUCCAGACAAGUAGAGCUGCUAGGUUAGCCACAUCAGACAGAAAGGAGAAGAGGGAUGCAGAGAUAAAUUGAUGAGCAAUUAUCAUAGUUGACAUGCAAAAAUACACACAUCAAAGACUGCCUGUGCAACAGUCACUCAGCCAUAAUGUAACACAGUAAAUCACAUUAGGAGACUCUUGGUGUACAACGUUUUUUUUUAGGUAGAGUUAAGCACAGACAUUGUACCAUAGAGUAAGGGUUCUCAAAGUGGGGACCGCGGUUCUGCAGGGGGUCUGAGGCCAGAGAAAAAAAUAUAUACAUUUCAUAUUUUAUGAAUAUUACUAACAACAACAGAUUAAAUUAAAUUUGGUCAAGGGAUCCGUGGAAUAAGUUUAGUGUAAUACAAUAAUACAAUCUAAUAUUGUUAACCCUGGGCAAUACAUGAGCCUGGGAGGCUCACAGGGAUAUUGGUAUCCACAGUACUCUACAAAUUAUCCAUACUUCCAAUGCACUGUAAUUUACAUUUUGUAAUGCACAUUUUUCUCUCUGACAAAAAUGUGUACAAUUGCAGGAAAUUAGCUUUAAAACUGCAAAAUUCUCUCAGAUCCCAAAAGACGGGCCUUUAAAAUGCUCCUUCUCAGGGCCUGAGACUUGGUUCAUCCAGCCAAACACUCCCAAAGUCAUAGUAAAACUCCAUGUGUGCUAUUUUAAUCUCACUGGAGUUGUUCUGAUUAUGAGGGGUUCCCUGAUGAAUUUGCCAUCACAAAAGGGGUCCCCAAAAAGUUUGAGAACCCCUCCCAUAGAGGGCAGAGGAAGCAUAGCUAUACAUAAACACUGAACUGCAAAGCUUAGUUCUGCUGCAAUGUUCAGACAAAUUACAUGUUAGCGAUAAACACAGCACUGACCAUUAGUAUGAGUCAUAAAGAAGAUUACAGCUUUGGACUGGCAGUAUGUGUGGUGUGGCAGGGUGUGCGUGUUCGGAGUGACUCCAGGCCAUUUUAAUAUGCAGUGUGUGGGACACGAGUCAUGCGUGUGCUGGUGUGUUACCCUGGCUUGGCGUGUGCAGGGGAGGUGUGCUGUAGCCAGUUUUUCUGCUCCCGUAUGCGAGCCCUCGGGGGAUGUGAACUGUACCGCCUCCUCUUCUCACUGUGGCAGCUCAGCUAGGCUCAGAGCUGUUAACAGUACAAAGGCCCUAAUUGGAGCUCAGACCAAGAGGGUGAAAAGAGGGUGUUUUAAGAAGGGCCAGGAGUUGUUCCCUAGUCAGGUGAUCAGGAAAAACUCCAGGCCCUAAUUAUGUGUUAGUGCCAGGGGGUUUUGUAGAAAAAUUAACCUGACCAGGGAAAAACCUACCAGGCCUAAUUUUGAGCGUUGACUUUGUGUCUGGCUUGAAGUAUCUUGUUGGUUUCAAGUUUUAUUAGUCGUAAGUACGGGAUACACAUGGUAUACACCGUCCAACGAAAUGCUUACUAGCAGGUUCCUUCUCGACAAUUCAACAACAAUAAUAAUAAUAAAAUAUACAAAUAUGAACAAAGUAAAUGGCUCAGUAGAAUAGAAUCAACAUUUUAGCAUAAGUAUAGUAAUGUAAAGAGUGAUGUCUGACUAAGGCCAAGACAUUUUCUUGAUGAGGUGACUUCACCAGGAAAGAAUCUUGGCCCAUGUCUUGUUGAGUAAUGGUUGUUCAUUGUGUUAUGUUGAUUGUGUUGCAGGUACAUUUGUGACGUGUAGUAAUGGUUGUUUAUUGUGUUGCAGGUACAUGUGUGAAGUGUGGGAAAGGUGUUUAUGGAGCGGAUAAUGCUUGCCAGGCUCUGGACAGCCUCUAUCACACACGCUGCUUCACCUGUGUGUCCUGUGGUGAGUUGAACACACACCUCUAGUUAACUGGCUGAUUGAACAACAGCUGAAUGGUUAAAACUGAUAGUUCACCCAAAUUACCAAAUUACAUUUUGGUUUCCUUACCAUGUAAGCAGUCUAUGGACAAGGUAUGACAGCAAUUCAUGCUUUGGUUUAGUUUCCCGUGCACUGUUUCCACAUGCUAACGUUUUAGCUUUUGUGGCAAUAAUCCCAUUCAAGUCAUCCACAAGUAUCUCAUUGAUUGAGAAGCACAACAAAGUCACUUAAAGAUGAUUUGAACAUGAUGCGCGAAAAAUGCUAACAUCGGUCCCAUGACUUGAAUGGGAAUGGUGCCACAAAUGCUAAAAUGUUAGCAUGUGGAAACUAAACCAAUGCAUGGAUUGCUGUCAUACCUUAUCCAUAGACUGCUUACAGGGUAAGGAAACCAAUGUCAUUUUGUAAUUUGGGUGAACUUUCCCUUUAACUCAUAGCGGAUAUGAAGCAUUCCAAGCCAACUACAUCAUGAUAUAGUCAGUUUGAACAAUCAUGCCACUCCAUGAAUGUGUUCGCACUUAAUGACACACUGAUUUAUUUUUAUGUGAUUGAGUACCGUUUUAAAUAUCAGUAAUAUCACAGAGGACACAGUACAUAGUCAAAGCAAGGAAAACAUCUGGGUAAGCCUGGCCUCCCUCGGUUCCUGUGCUGUCAUUCAUGUGUCCCUCUCUGUCAGGUCGCACCCUGAGAAACAAGGAUUUCUACAACGUCAAUGGCUCUGUGUACUGUAAAGAGGAUUACAUGGUAAGAGGGCAAGGCCAAAGAUUCUCUCUCUCUUUCAGUUCCAUUCCUAGAUAUCAGUGCAUUACAUUUCUAAACAAUGGCCUCCUAGAUAUUACAGUAAAUUGCAUUAAAGUUUUAAAUAGUACUUUUCUAUGGUAUGAUAUCAAAUCAUGUCUCAAAUGUUCUCUCCAUACUUGUCUCAGUUCUCAGGGUUCCAGGCUGCAGCAGAGAAAUGCAGUGUGUGUGGCCACCUUAUCCUGGAACAGGUGUGUGUGUCAGCGACCCCUAAAAUUCAAGCCCAUAUACAGUGGGGGAAAAAAGUAUUUAGUCAGCCACCAAUUGUGCAAGUUCUCCCACUUAAAAAGAUGAGAGAGACCUGUAAUUUUCAUCAUAGGUACACGUCAACUUUGACAGACAAAAUGAGAAAAAAUUAUCCAGAAAAUCACAUUGUAGGAUUUUUUAUGAAUUUAUUUGCAAAUUAUGGUGGAAAAUAAGUAUUUGGUCAAUAACAAAAGUUUCUCAAUACUUUGUUAUAUACCCUUUGUUGGCAAUGACACAGGUCAAACGUUCUCUGUAAGUCUUCACAAGGUUUUCACACACUGUUGCUGGUAUUUUGUCCCAUUCCUCCAUGCAGAUCUCCUCUAGAGCAGUGAUGUUUUGGGGCUGUCGCUGGGCAACACGGACUUUCAACUCCCUCCAAAGAUUUUCUAUGGGGUUGAAAUCUGGAGACUGGCUAGGCCACUCCAGGACCUUGAAAUGCUUCUUACGAAGCCACUCCUUCGUUGCCCGGGCGGUGUGUUUGGGAUCAUUGUCAUGCUGAAAGACCCAGCCACGUUUCAUCUUCAAUGCCCUUGCUGAUGGAAGGAGGUUUUCACUCAAAAUCUCACGAUACAUGGCCCCAUUCAUUCUUUCCUUUACACGGAUUAGUCGUCCUGGUCCCUUUGCAGAAAAACAGCCCCAAAGCAUGAUGUUUCCACCCCCAUGCUUCACAAUAGGUAUGGUGUUCUUUGGAUGCAACUCAGCAUUCUUUGUCCUCCAAACACGACGAGUUGAGUUUUUACCAAAAAGUUAUAUUUUGGUUUCAUCUGACAUUCUCCUAAUCCUCUUCUGGAUCAUCCAAAUGCACUCUAGCAAACUUCAGACGGGCCUGGACAUGUACUGGCUUAAGCAGGGGGACACGUCUGGCACUGCAGGAUUUGAGUCCCUGGCGGCGUAGUGUGUUACUGAUGGUAGGCUUUGUUACUUUGGUCCCAGCUCUCUGCAGGUCAUUCACUAGGUCCCCCCGUGUGGUUCUGGGAUUUUUGCUCACCGUUCUUGUGAUCAUUUUGACCCCACGGGGUGAGAUCUUGCGUGGAGCCCCAGAUCGAGGGAGAUUAUCAGUGGUCUUGUAUGUCUUCCAUUUCCUAAUAAUUGCUCCCACAGUUGAUUUCUUCAAACCAAGCUGCUUACCUAUUGCAGAUUCAGUCUUCCCAGCCUGGUGCAGGUCUACAAUUUUGUUUCUGGUGUCCUUUGACAGCUCUUUGGUCUUGGCCAUAGUGGAGUUUGGAGUGUGACUGUUUGAGGUUGUGGACAGGUGUCUUUUAUACUGAUAACAAGUUCAAACAGGUGCCAUUAAUACAGGUAACUAGUGGAGGACAGAGGAGCCUCUUAAAGAAGAAGUUACAGGUCUGUGAGAGCCAGAAAUCUUGCUUGUUUGUAGGUGACCAAAUACUUAUUUUCCACCAUAAUUUGCAAAUAAAUUCAUUAAAAAUCCUACAAUGUGAUUUUCUGGAUUUUUUUUGUCAAUUUGUCUGUCAUAGUUGACGUGUACCUAUGAUGAAAAUUACAGGCCUCUCUCAUCUUUUUAAGUGGGAGAACUUGCACAAUUGGUGGCUGACUAAAUACUUUUUUUCCCCACUGUAUUUCUGACCAUGACCAUAAAAAAUGAAAAUGUUUCUGACCAUGACCACAUUUUCUAACCUUGUUUUCAAAAAUCCUUUCUUCACAUUUCGCCACCUGUUUUGUCCAUCAGAUCCUCCAGGCAAUGGGGAACUCGUACCACCCCGGUUGUUUCCGCUGUGUGGUGUGUUCCAAAGCCCUGGACGGAGUUCCCUUCACUGUCGACCACCUCAGCAACAUCUACUGUGUCUCGGACUACAACAGGUGAGGCCGGGUGUCUUCAGUAGGUCAAACUGAGGCGUUAAUAUACAGAUGGGGUCAACAGUAAUUACAUUCUCAAGCUGUUUAAGGUCAGAAUAUAAUACUCCGUUUAUCACAGUUUGUUAGGUUUGUACAUUAGUAGUACACUAUAUUACUAGGUCUACAUGUGGUUAUAAUCUGCAAUUGGACCUCUUGUUGUCCCGCAGAACGUUCGCUCCUAAAUGUGCUGCCUGCUUACAACCCAUCUUACCUGCUGAGGUGAGUGUCUCUUGUUGUUUCAUUCAAUGUGUUUUUUGUUGUUCAUCAUGCAGUUAGACAUAUAUGCAUGCCAACUACACUAUAUAUACAAAAUUAUGUGGACACCCCUUCAAAUUAGUGGAUUCGGCUAUUUCAGCCUCACCCGCUGCUGACAGGUGUAUAAAACCGAGCACACAGUCAUGCAAUCUCCAUAGACAAACAUUGGUAGUAGAAUGGCCUUACUGAAGAGCUCAGUGACUUUCAACAUGGCACCGUCAUAGGAUGCCACCUUUCCAACAAGUCAAAUUUCUGCCCUGCUAGAGCUUCCCAGUCAACUGUAAGUGCUGUUAUUGUGAAGUGGAAACGUCUAGGAGCAACAAUGGCUCAGCCGCAAAGUGGUAGGCGACACAAGCUCUCAGAACGAGACUGCCGAGUGAUGAAGCGCGUAAAAAUAAUCUGUCCUCGGUUGCAACACUUCCAAACUGCCUCUGGAAACAACGUCAGCACAAUAACUGUUCAUUGGGAGCUUCAUGAAAUGGGUUUCCAUGGCUGAGCAGCCGCACACAAGACUAAGAUCACCAUGCACAAUGCCAAGCGAUGGCUGGAGUGGUGUAAAGCUCGCCGCCAUUGGACUCUGGAGCAGUGGAAAUGCGUUUUCUGGAGUGAUGAAUCACCAUCUGGCAGUCCGUCGGACGAAUCUGGGUUUGGUGUAUGCCAGGACAACGCUACCUGCCCCAAUACAUAGUGCCAACUGUAAAGUUUGGUGGAGGAGGAAUAAUGGUCUGGGGCUGUUUUCCAUGGUUCAGGCUAGGCCCCUUAGUUCCAGUGAAGGGAAAUCUUAACGCUACAGCAUACAAUGACAUUCUAGACGAUUCUGUGCAUCCAACUUUGUGUCAACAGUUUGAGGAAGACCCUUUCCUGUUUCAGCAUGAUAAUGCCCCCAUGCACAAAGCGAGGUCCAUAAAGAAAUGGUUUGCUGAGAUCGGUGUGGAAGAACUUGACUGGCCUGCACAGAGCCCUGACCUCAACCCCAUCGAAAAUCUUUGGGAUGAAUUGGAGCACUGACUGAGUCAGGCCUAAUCGCCCAACAUCAGUGCCCGACCUCACUAACGCUUGUGGCUGAAUGGAAGCAAGUCCCCGCAGCAAUGUUCCAACAUCUAGUGGAAAGCCUUCUCAGAAGAGUGGAGGCUGUUAUAGCAGCAAACGGGGGACCAACUCCAUACUAAUGCCCAUGAUUUUGGAAUGAGAUGUUCAACGAGCACGUGUCAACAUACUUUUGGCCAUGUAGUGUAUGUGAUUGUGACGCACUAAUUUCACCACUGCUGUUGUGUGUUACAGGGCAGCGAGGAGAUACUCAGGGUGAUGUCUAUGAACAACGAUUAUCACUUUGAGUGCUAUCACUGUGAGGUUAGUAUGGCCUUCAUCUACGUAAUGUGGUCAGUCCUACCAGUGUUAAGUGAGAGUGAGCAGGCUUUUGUUCCAGCUCAGCAGUAACACACCCGAUUCAACUAAUCUAGGGCUUCAUAGUUUAAUCAGGUGUGAUAACUGUACUGGAAUAAAACCCUGAACAUCCUGUGAGUCGCCGGGACUAGGGUUGAAGAACACUGACCAUAGUAGUGUACUUUUACUGUAUGUACUUUAUGAAGAAUUAUACCUGAACUCAGAUCAGAAGUAAUUUUCUCUCUCUAUGUCUGUUUCAUUCCUCAGGAAUGUGGGAAGCAGCUCUCGGAUCAGCAGGGCUCCCAGUGCUUCCCUUUGGACUCUCAUCUCCUCUGCCACUCAUGUCACAUGACCUGGGUGUGUGCCUCAGAACAUUUCCCCUCACAACACAAUUGAGGAAGGAACUCUAUGCAUAAAACAUUCCCUUUCUUUCAACAUUCUCUUUUCUUUUUCACACUCAUACAAACUCUUUCUUUCUCCCUAUUGCACACCAAGAUAAUAUGGGUUUGCUCUGAUGUUCGAAUUUCCUUCUACUCAAGAGACAAGCUCACACAUGAAAAUACUGGUAUAAGAUGU